UUGAGACGGCAGCUACGAUGAAAACGUCAUAGAAACCCUAGGUACCACAAAAUCAACCGUGCAAUGGAUUCUUCAGUGGAUGGUACUGUUGAUAUCAUCAGUUCGAUGCCACAAGAGAUCCUCCACCACAUUCUCUCGUUUAUUCCAACUCAGUUCGCGAUUAGAACUUCUGCCUUGUCCAGAGGAUGGAGGCAUAUAUGGUGCCACACACCUUUUCUCGACUUUGAUUGUUCCUACAUACAUGGACAUAGGCGACAGCUGACGGCUCGAGAUAUAAACCAAACCAUACGUUCCUACAGAUCACCUAAAGUCACGAGUUUUCAUCUUAGUAUGUCACGAAAUAUCCGUGAACACGAGAUUAAUAGCUGGAUCGAGUUUGUUCUCUCCCGCAAUGUGGAGAAGCUGUCUCUUGUCUUGGAUGGUCUUCCUAAUGAUCACGUUUUAGAAAAGAUCUUCUUUCUCAGUUCCUCCUUAACGCAGCUCUGCAUUCGGAAUUUUGAUAUGAUAGCAGUAGUGUCUUGGAAAUCCCUAAGGAAUCUGACAUUGGGUGAAUGUAAUCUCAAUGAUGAAUCUAUUCCUAAUAUUCUCUCUGGCUCUCCAGUUCUUGAAACCUUGGAAUUGGACUAUUGUAGAGGACCUCAGCGUCUUGAUCUGAGUAAAUCACGUAGUUUGAGGAGACUGGUGAUUUACUUGCGCAAAGAGCCAACCGAGAUUGUAGCGCCACACCUCCAUUAUUUGAGUUUGGAAAGCUUUAAUGACGGACCAUGUACUUUAGUGGAUGUUUCUUCGCUGGCCGAAGCUAGAAUUCACAUUGUCGUGGACAAUUACAGCCCUCCUUUGAAUCUUAAUUUUCUUCAAACCAUGGUGCUAAAAUUGCUUGCCAAAUUACAAAACGUUAAGAGGCUUACUUUUACCGGAACCGUUCUCCAGAUUCUAUCUCUCGUCGAGCUCCGUGGUGUUCCUUUCCCAACAUUCAAGGUUGAAACUUUGACUGUUGAAACAAGGUUUACAAGAUCUGUUAUUCCUGGUUUAGCAAGGUUAUUACAAAAUUCACCUGAGCUAGAAAAGCUAAUAGCACACGCGACACGCUUGUUCGGCAUACCGGACAGGGAUCUGGACAGAUAUAUGGAUUCAGAAAGUUUGAAUCCGGAUGAAUGCUGGAGAUCAAAAUAUGAGAUAUUUCCUACCUUACUUGAGUUUGGUAGUGUGAUGAGUUGUAAGGAUGGAACGUGGAAACUCAUGGCUUCGUUCAUGGAAAUGGUGAUGAGAAACGUAAAAAGACUUGAGACGUUGGUGGUAGGGUUGGAAUGUAAUAAACCCAAAGGUAGUGAUGCAAGAUGGUUUGAAGAGUUGCUUCAGAUGCUUCAGUCACUUUCUAACAACAAUAAUGUUUCCAUUGUGCUCAAACGCUAA